UUCUCACACGAACUCUCUAAAGGAUGCACAUGCACCGACUCCACAGGCGGCGGGUUAGAAAUACAACUUCACGUGGAUGGAUUUCACCCGUUACCGCCGCGAUUUCAAAUCUAAUUUAACACUGUUUUCGUUAAAUAUAUGGACUGGUGUUCUUCAGCCCAGGUGGCACAGUGUAGCUGACCUGGAGGUCCCACGUCUGAGCCUGCAAACAAAUGCUUUAAAGCUCGUUUGGAGGUGAGCCAGGUUGCAGUGACAUGGUAAUAUUUUUUGAAUGCCACCAGACAACCGCGGACCCGAAGAGCAGCAGCUUUUUGCCGAUGACUGGCGAAGACACUGGUUUGGGGGCUUUGGCCUCACCUCUGGCGGGGUAUUUGGGAAAAGUUCAGGAAAGAGCUGGUUUGCUCGAGCAUUGCCCUUGGUGUACGUCAAAAGGCUUCACUUAUGCUCUGCGCUCUUACCGCAUCAACCUUCAGGAGUCAAUCACCCUCUGCACAAAUCCACAGUGCCUUUUCCCUCUGGUCACCCGGCCGUUGGAGGAUGUUUUGGCUAGCUUGGAUCCUGUGGUGCCCACUCCUGGGAGCAAAAGAAAAAAUACCAUUGCGCUGGAAAAUGAAGAGUCGAUAAAACCUUCGGUCAAGCGUCUGCGGCCGGACGAACUUGGAGACGUCGAGCCGCAGAGUGUAAUUGACACGCCUGUUAACCCAACAGAGCACGGUGCUGAAAGCGCAGCCAGAAAUGGUCACUUCACUGCAUCCAGUAAAGAUGGUGAUGAGGUUAAUGGGCACUACAUGGACUGUGCAGUUGCAGAGACGACCAGAUUGGAAUCAAUACAAGACGAGGACGCUGUUGUAGGGAAGGAUUCAGACGGGGCCGAGGAUGCAGACGGUUGCCCUCCUUUUACAUGCUUUGCUACAGCGGAACAUUCAUCAGAAGUUUUGAUGAUUUCUAAUGCGCUCUCUCCUCAUUGUGGUGCUCUUGGUAUAUCAGAGAAUGACUUGAGGCAGCAGAGGAAUCCUCCCGAGCAGCCGAACGGCCGCGUCAACAGUCCGGCCUGCGAUCAGUCCCUUCGUCCAAACGAGGAUAUUUUUACAGCUGAUGCCAGCGGUCCACAAAACGAACCGACGGCGUGGGCAGAACCUGCAGACGUCACCGGAUGCAAAGACAACGAGUCAGAAAGUGAGGAUUCGUCCCCUACCUCAAUAACGAAGUCGGACAAUCUUGUACCUGUUCCCAAGCAUCUUUUCUGGAGGAACAAGGACAACUUGUGUUGGCUGGACUCUCUCCUUGCAGCCUUGGUUAACUGUAAGAGCUUGAGAAAGCUUAAACCAAAAGACGAGCCUCGUCGAUCGCCUGUGUGGCAGCUGGUGACACGAUACGAAGACGUUUGUGCUGCCAUCCAAGUUCACCAACAGACCGGCAUGGAUGGCGUUGUGAGGGUGCCAGAACACGUGCUCCAAAAGGCCAACGCAGACCUGCAGAGUCUCAGGAUGUCGGUCUUCACACUUCUGCAGCCCAAACUGCACGGUAAACAAGGUCGGAAGGAAACUCCUGUGUUCGCCAUGCCGCUGCUGCUCACCAUGGACUCCUGGGUGGAGGAUCUCUUCCAGUCAACCUUCCGCUGGCAGUUCAGGUGCAGCGAAUGCAAAGUUGAUUUGGAAGAAAGGGUUGUGAAAACUCUCCCCACCUUCACAAACGUCGUUCGUGAUUGGCGUCCACUUCAUGCCGUUCACUUGGCCCCUUGCAAUGUGUGCCGCAAGAGGAACCAGAUGAGGACUAUGACGCUGGAAAGCGUCCCUCCAGUCUUCACGCUGCACUUUGUGAAGGGACUUCCUAACAACGAUGUCAGUCUCUACUCAUUCGACUUCAAGGGGAAACGCUACUCGGUCUCCACUGUCAUACAGUACAACCAGCAACGGAAGCACUUUGUCACCUGGGUUUCUAAUGGUGACGGUUUGUGGCUGGAGUUCGACGACCUAAAACACCCCGACUGUAAGACCCACCCCAAGCUUCAGGUCCCCGCUCAGGAGAUGCAUGUUGUCUUCUGGGAGGCGGACGAGGACAAAGAGCCUCGCGUCUGUUCUCCCUCCAGCACGUUAGUGGACUCUUCCCCGUCCGCUCGCUCUCCAGAUCAGUCUCUCGUCCUUCCUCACGACGACACCGACAUCGUCUGCGCGCUGUCUGAAGACGGCGUCAUGGACGCGACGGCCGCGGCCGACACGUCGAUAGGCGGAGCCACGCUGCUCGACACCUUUGAGGGCCUCACCCACGACGACAUCGUUACGCUCACUCUGGUGGAGGUGAAAGCUAACGCAAAAACUUCAACUGACGCCCACCGCGCUCAGGUUCCCAGCAUGCGUGAAGACUCCGCACCGGACAGCUCCUCCGCCGCUUUAGGAACCGAAAUGUGUCAAGGCCCCGAGGUCGAGGUUCCCACCGACUCCACCUAUUCUUCUCCUGGAGCCAAACGAGGACGAGGGAGAAGAGCUGGUGGCGGCAAAACCGCAGCCAGACCAAGAGGUAAAAAGGGCGGCUCUGUUAAAGCGGCGCCGCGCACCUCGACGGAUUUAAACCCGGAUCUGUCCACGUCCGAGAGUCCUGCCGCUCAGCGUGACAAACCAGCUGUUGAAGUUGUGCAGCAAACAUCCCCCGUGUCUUCUACCGAGACGUCGUCGUCUCUGUCCAUGAACCAGAAAGCGCCGGCAACGGUAGAUCAGAACGCUCGCUGGUCUUUCCUGCUCAGCAAACUCCCCAUGAGUCAGCUUCACAGAUCCGUCGCUAAACUCGCCCCCCCUUCAACCCCCACCACGGUCCCGCAGGUGAAGCCCACACCUCCAAUCCACUCCACCCCCAACCCUGUGAAAAGACAGCAGAUCCCAGCCUUAGUCCACCCUAAACCACAGCUCAGGACAGAGGGGAGCGAGGGUCUCCCACUGAAAGCGGCGGAAAAGUACGGGGCGUUCGGUUCAAAGACCUCAAACGGCAUAAGUUCGCCGCCCCCAUCCCCGGCGCUGCUCAGUGGUAAACCAAAAGAGUUCGAACCCAUCACGGUCUUAUCAAACGCCACAGUGAUGUCGGGAACGUCGCCUCCCACUGAGGUCUCCUCUUCAAAGAAGCGUUCCUCCAAGAUCCCUGCCGGCCUCAGCACCACCGAAGCCCUCAGGUACAAGCUGCUGAAGAAGCUCAAAGCCAAGAAGAAGAAGCUCGCCAAGCUGAACGAGAUGCUGGGUACCAGCCUCCUACCGGACAGCACUCACCUGGACUCUCCCAGCACCGUGACCUCCAGCACAUACGACAGCUCCACCUGCGACGACUUCCUCUCCGACCUGCUCUCCCCGGCGACCACGGCCAGCAACCUUUCACCGGACAGCACGGGCUUCCUGGAGAUGAUCGCCAGCGGGCAAGAUGGAGGCGACGUCCGGGUGGACUGUGGGGGCGGGGCAGCGCCGCAGACGAGCAGUGGGGUGAUCAUAUGUGAAAACUUCCUGGACGAGUUCAUCUCGCAGGCUGCGGCUCAGAGGCCGAGCGACAUGGAGGCGGAGGCGCUCAGUGCACUGGAACUGUUCAUUUAGUCACUACACACACAGAUACUUGAUCGGUUUUUAGUUUACAUGUUAGAAGCAGUGAAACCCGUUGGUGAGUUUGUUUGGCCGCUCAGAAGGAUUAGUCAAGUUUGCAUGUGCGUCAGCAACCAUGGAUGAAAUUUGUGGACUGUUUUAUUUCUUUACUACAGCACUUUGAAGUGCAUAUAUAAAUAUAUAUAUGUACUGUAUGUAAUCUGGGUUUGUCUGAAGCCACCGUGUUCACAGUUGUGGCUGUUUGCUCUGUUUUGAUGUUGUGACAAAUUACUUGAAACUACUGAAGAAGUCUAACUUUUUUUUUUUUUUGUGUAAGAUAACUCUGUUAUUGUACAAAAUAUCAGGAUUUAUACUUUGUUUUUGAUAUUAAAAAUCAUUGUUUGCACUACUA